GCACGAAAACUAACGCGAAAAACACACGGUAACCAAAUAUCGGCAGGAGGGGGUGCGAUUUUGAUUUGGGAAGAUUCUGAUUGGCUAUGCGACGGAACAAGCGAAGCCUCUUCCCCCCGCCACACUAAGACCCAAAGCUUUUGCUUUUUACUCUGUACUCGGUGGCCAUGGCUCCUUCCCGUCCAUUCUUGCUCCCUAACACAGCGCUUACCUCCUAUUUCGUCAUUCACUGGAAAGCCCAACUCACUCUCCCCCGCUCUGCGCACCUCUCUCCCCUCCCACCGGCUACCUCUCUCACGCCUACUCCACGUCACCAUUCCCCCAACUCCCCUCCCUCGUUACCCUUGCUCUGCCCACCUCUAUCCCCCCAGCUCUUCCAAAGUGGGAACUAGAUCCCUGAUAUUUUCAAGUCGUGUGCUU